GGGAAAUGCUUCGGCCUUUUCGGCGGCACAAGACCGACAGUAUCAUCGUGUCCUGACAGUAGCAAUCGCUCUGCCAAUCUGUCUGGUCGCAGUAUUCUUGCUCUCAGGCUGCUUUCUCUGGUGGCAGAGACACAGAAUCGUGCAACAUCUCCAUCGCAAAUACUUUGGUCCAAAGUUCAAUGCUCCACCUCUUGAAUAUCGCGAAGACAAGCGCUGGUCGGCGGAAAACUCUCCUACCACAGGCACGCCGCUCUCAGAUCUGCCAAUUCGGGCGUGCGACGGAGGUGAAAGACAGCAGUUCGACUGCGCAAGCCCUGGAAGACGGACGCCCGAGAGUCCACUGCGGGCGAUCGGCACCACCAACUUCCCUGGACCCAAACAACACUUGCUUGAGAAGCCACGCUGCAUCACUCCCGACACACCAUCUGGUCGACGUGAACAGCUGGAAAGCAGAGCUCGGCUCAUUCAAGAUGCUCAUCAGAGAAUGAGAGAAGGCAGGAUCACACCUGAUCUGGAUCUCCUUGGUCCAAGGCGAGUCGUCAGCCUGGACCGUGUCCAUGAGGAAAGAAUGGGGCUCGAGAGGCCAUCGUCGCCUACUGGAUCUAUCAGAGUGGUUGAAGCAGCGCAUGUACCUCGCCGCGCGGCAUCAGACGCAAUUCGAUCGAGGCUUGACGAAGUCUUUCAGCCGGACUGGAGGCCCGAGAGUGCGAGUGCGAGUGGGAGUGGGAGUGCGAGUGGGAGUAGGGUAGAUGUGAUCAGGGAGGUGUGAGGCUUGCGAGCGAGCGUCUUGCCGAGAGUGCAAAAAGGGAGUCUGUAGCCAGCUGUAUAUCGUAGCGCCCUAGCCAGAACCACUCAAGACAAUAGUGCACGCGG